AUGGUCAUUAUCGUCUUCGAUGCUUAUUCUAUGAUUGGUGAUGGUUGGGGUUGUGGUCGAGCAUUGUUUGUCAACUUUAUGAAACGUGAAAACUAUGUUGUGCGAUGGUGUUUAACUGUCUAUCGUGGUCAAAGUCUAGAUUUAAUCGAAUUAGAAUAUUUGAAAGAAAAUAUUGGUCAGUUAAUAUCGAUAAAUACAUUUUUAUCGACAACCACUGAUGAAGAAGUGGCUUCCAUAUUCGCUGAUGAUGGUACAAAUCGGCCAGCAUAUGAGCGUUCUGUUCUAUUUGAAAUGACUAUGGAUACAACUCGCUGUCAUAAAUCCAAACCAUUUGCUGAUGUUAGCAAACAUAGUUAUAUGAAGGAUGAAAAUGAAAUCCUCCUAUCGAUGGGUACAAUAUUUCGAAUCGUCUUUGUUGAUAUUGAAAAUAAUGUAUGGAUUGUAAAACUCAUAUUUACGGAACAAGAAGAUAAACGAUUAAUUGAACUUAUUGAUUAUCAAAAAAUGAUCCUGAGAAAAAAAGAAACGGUGGUGGUCUUAAGAAGAAUUUUACAAGAUAUGAGAGAAAUGGAAAAAGCAAAACGUUAUUAUAAUCUUAUACUAGAAAGUUCGUUAGAGGAUAGUGUUGAAGUUUCAUCUGUUUACAAUAACCUUGGUGCAAUGGCCAAGGAUGAAUCAAAGUAUGAAGAAGCAUUAAAUGCUUAUGAAACAUCAAUGAAUAUAAAUAAAAAAAAAUUAUCCGAAAUUUAUCCACAUACUGCCAUGUUAUAUAAUAAUAUGCUGGUAUUUAUGCUCAUAUGGGUCAAACUCAAAAAGCGGUAG